ACCUGAUUUUAAUGGUUUUAAUGAAGAUUUCUCUGAGUGGAGCAGAGACUGAACUCUGACUCUGACAUGUUAUUAAUGUGAGGAACAGCAGCUGAUGAUUUUACAGGAAUAUAAAUAAUCUGGAACAACAAGGAGUCAGAUCCACAGUCACACACCUGGACAACAUAACAACAGAUAAAUCUGACAGCUGAUAACAUCUGUAUUUAAUCAUCAGAUCAAUCAGAUCAGUUCCAGUUCAGAUCAUUAUCAAUGAUCAGAAUCACAGUCAAAGACAUGACUUUGUUUCAGCCUCUGUUCACCUGGAAACAGUUCUCUCAGCAGGUGGAGGCUCUGAUAUGAAUCAGUGUGAGGACAGAGAGGAGGGAGCCCAACCCUCUAAAACAACUGGACUUGGACCUGGACCUGGACCUGGACCUGAACCCAGCUGUGUGUCCAUAAAGAGUGACUGGUCAAAGGAUAUGGAUAUUCAUUUUAAACAAAGAUCUUCACCUAACGAUGUAAUGUAUCAGAGACAAGACUCACCUAGACCUGGACCCAGCUGUGUGUCUAUGAACAGUGACAUGUCCAUGGAGCCACCAGUAGCUUUUAAAGGACCUGCAUCUAAAACAGAAGUUCUGCAGCACAGAGUUCAAAGCAGUCAGUUCCAGCAGCAACAACCAGACCUGGACUCCAUAUUCAUGCUGCUGGAGGAGAACAUUGUAAAUUUUGUGAAGAAUGAGCUGAAGAAGAUGCAGAAGGUUCUGAGUCCAGAUUACCCAGAAUGCUUAGAGAGUCAGAGGGAGGAUGAGGAGGUGUUGGACAGUGAGGAUGAAGAUCAGAGGAGGAGCAGCAGAGAGGCGUUUCUGAAGAUCACAGUGAACUUCCUGAGGAGAAUGAAGCAGGAGGAGCUGGCUGACUGUCUGCAGAGCAGACAUCCUGUUGCUCUUUGUCAAUUUAAACUGAAGUCUAACCUGAGGAAGAAGUUCCAGUGUUUGUUUGAGGGGAUCUCUAAAGCAGGAAACCCAACCCUUCUGAAUCAGAUCUACACAGAGCUCUACAUCACAGAGGGAGGGACUGGAGAGGUCAAUGAUGAACAUGAGGUCAGACAGAUUGAAACAGCAUCCAGGAAACCAGCCAGACCAGAAACAACCAUCAGACAAGAAGACAUCUUUAAAGCCUCACCUGGAAGAGAUGAACCAAUCAGAACAGUGAUGACAAAGGGAGUGGCUGGCAUUGGGAAAACAGUCUUAACACAGAAGUUCACUCUGGACUGGGCUGAAGACAAAGCCAACCAGGACAUACACUUCACAUUUCCAUUCACUUUCAGAGAGCUGAAUGUGCUGAGAGAGAAAAAGUUGAGCUUGGUGGAACUUGUUCAUCACUUCUUUACUGAAACCAAAGAAGCAGGAAUCUGCAGGUUUGAAGAGUUCCAGGUUGUGUUCAUCUUUGACGGUCUGGAUGAGUGUCGACUUCCUCUGGACUUCCACAACACUGAGAUCCUGACUGAUGUUACAGAGUCCACCUCAGUGGACGUGCUGCUGACAAACCUCAUCAGGGGGAAACUGCUUCCCUCUGCUCACCUCUGGAUAACCACACGACCUGCAGCAGCCAAUCAGAUCCCUCCUGAGUGUGUUGACAUGGUGACAGAGGUCAGAGGGUUCACUGACCCACAGAAGGAGGAGUACUUCAGGAAGAGGUUCAGAGAUGAGGAUCAGGCCAGCAGGAUCAUCUCCCACAUCAAGACCUCACGAAGCCUCCACAUCAUGUGCCACAUCCCAGUCUUCUGCUGGAUCACUGCUACAGUUCUGGAGGAUGUGUUGAAAACCAGAGAGGGAGGAGAGCUGCCCAAGACCCUGACUGAGAUGUACAUCCACCUCCUGGUGGUUCAGUCCAAACUGAAGAGCGUCAAGUAUGAUGGAGGAGCUGGGACAAAUCCACACUGGAGUCUAGAGACCAGGAAGAUGAUUGAGUCUCUGGGAAAACUGGCUUUUGAUCAGCUGCAGAAAGGAAACCUGAUCUUCUAUGAAUCAGACCUGACAGAGUGUGGCAUCAAUAUCAGAGCAGCCUCAGUGUACUCAGGAGUGUUCACACAGAUCUUUAAAGAGGAGAGAGGACUGUACCAGGACAAGGUGUUCUGCUUCGUCCAUCUGAGUGUUCAAGAGUUUCUGGCUGCUCUUCAUGUCCAUCUGACCUUCAUCAACUCUGGAGUCAAUCUGCUGUCAGAAGAACAAACUACAUCCAAGAAGUCUGAAACAAGAAAAGAUGAAUCAAUCAGAAAACUAUCAUCAUCCUGGUUGUCUAAAGUGUUGGGAGGCAAAUCAACACGUUUCUACCAGAGUGCUGUGGACAAGGCCUUACAGAGUCCAAAUGGACACCUGGACUUGUUCCUCCGCUUCCUCCUGGGUCUUUCACUGCAGACCAAUCAGACUCUCCUUCGAGGUCUGCUGACACAGACAGGAAGUAGCUCAGAGAUCAACCAGGAAACAGUCCAGUACAUCAAGAAGAAGAUCAGUAAGAAUCUGUCUCCAGAGAAAAGCAUCAAUCUGUUCCACUGUCUGAAUGAACUGAAUGAUUGUUCUCUAGUGGAGGAGAUCCAACAGUCCCUGAGUUCAGGACGUCUCUCUACAGAUAAACUGUCUCCUGCUCAAUGGUUAGCUCUGGUCUUCAUCUUACUGUCAUCAGAAAAAGAUCUGAACGUGUUUGACCUGAAGAAAUACUCUGCUUCAGAGGAGGCUCUUCUGAGGCUGCUGCCAGUGGUCAAAGCCUCCAACAAAGCUCUACUGAGUGGCUGUAACCUCUCAGAGAGAAGCUGUGAAGCUCUGUCCUCAGUUCUCAGCUCCCAGUCCUCUAGUCUGAGAGACCUGGACCUGAGGAACAAUAACCUGCAGGAUUCAGGAGUGAAGAUGUUGUCUGUUGGACUGAAGAGUCCACACUGUUCACUGGAAGCUCUCAGUCUGUCAGGUUGUCUGAUCACAGAGGAAGGCUGUGCCUCUUUAGUCUCAGCUCUGAGCUCCAACCCCUCCCAUCUGAGACAACUGGACCUGAGCUACAAUCAUCCAGGAGAUACAGGAGUGAAGCUGCUGUCUGCUGGACUGAAGGAUCCAGACUGGAAACUGAACUCCCUCAGACUGGGUGGCUGUAACCUCUCAGAGAGAAGCUGUGAAGCUCUGUCCUCAGUUCUCAGCUCCCUGUCCUCUAGUCUGAGAGAUCUGGACCUGAGUAACAACAACCUGAAGGAUUCAGGAGUGAAGGUUCUUUCUGUUGGACUGGAGAGUCCACACUGUGAACUGGAGAUUCUCAGUCUGUCAGGCUGUCUGAUCACAAAGGAAGGCUGUGCCCCUCUGGUCUCAGCUCUGAGCUCCAACCCCUCCCAUCUGAGAGAGCUGGACCUGAGCUACAAUCAUCCAGGAGACUCAGAGGUGAAGCUGCUGUCUGCUGGACUGGAGGAUCCGGAUUGGAAACUGGGUACUCUCAGGGUGGACCACUGUGGACCACAGACACUGAGACCUGGUCUGAGGAAGUACGCCUGUGAACUGGAACUGGACACAAACACAGUGAACAGAUUCCUCAAACUGUCUGACAACAACAGGACAGUGACAUGCAUAGUGACGUGUCAGUCAUAUCCUGAUCAUCCAGAAAGAUUUCUGUGGUGUCCUCAGCUGCUGUGUAGAACUGGUCUGACUGGUCGCUGUUACUGGGAGGUGGAGUGGAGAGGAGAGGUUGAGAUUUCAGUGAGUUACAGAGGAAUCAGAAGGAAAGGAACCGGUGUGGACUGUGAGUUUGGACGAAAUGAUCAGUCCUGGAGUCUGAUCUGCUCUGAUGAUGGUUACUCUGUCAGGCACAAUAACAGAGAGACACCCAUCACCUCCUCCUCCCCCUCCUCCUCCUCCUCUGUCUCUAACAGAGUAGCAGUGUAUGUGGACUGUCCUGCUGGCUCUCUGUCCUUCUACAGAGUCUCUGAGAAACUGAUCCACCUUCACACCUUCAAAACCACAUUCACUGAACCUCUUUACCCAGGGUUUGGGGUCAUGCCUCGGUCUAGGUAUGGGCUGCGGUUCAGGUAUGAUUCCUCAGUGACUCUGCAUCAUCUGUAGGUUGGAGGGUCAGAAACCCUGCUGACUGAACUUUGAACUUUCUCAGACACUGAUGAAAAGAUUUAAUUUCAUUUCAGAAAAGAGGAUCUGACUGAUUGUUGAACAUGCAGAUUCAGGAGGAGCAUUGUGGAUUCUGUCCUGGCCGUGGGACAGUAGACCAGCUCUUUAUCCUAGCAGGAGUGCUGUGGGGGGAGUCUAUGUGCGCGUCUACGUCACGUCACGUGACUCACAUGACGGUGCAACAUCAAAAAACAAGAGGGGGGAAAGGGAGUAAAGUGUGCCUGCUCUGCGCUGACACAGGAGCGGCAAGUCCAGCGACCUGGCUGUUUCCUCUUUGCUGAAACCGCAGCAUUGCAAACAAGAGCGGAACUUAAAGUAAAGAAUCGAUCUCACCAGGCUAGUAUCGAUCCGAUACCGAUACCAACUUGGUAUCGAUACUAUCGAUAUUUGGAUUGAUCCGCCCACCACUAGAUCAAAUAGAGACAUUCUAUAAAGUGGUUCAUAUUCAUAUUUCCAUCAUUAAUGCUGCAUGUUUUGGUCUGUAGUCUACAAUUACAACAGCCUGUCACAUUAUAUUGUCUUUCAGGACAAAUUAAAAUAACUGAAACUGAAAAUGGAAAAUGCGGAGCAUUAAAAACAUAAUUUAUUGGUCCACAUAUCUCUACCAUCCACUACAUAC